AUGGUGGCCGACGAUACUUACGAGAUCUGCCUACCCAUCCUCGAAGAUGUCACCCUCGAGGAUGAAGACAAGACGGAUAAAUUGGAGGAGCUCCUCAAGAAAGAAACUACCAUGACAGGGACAGUGCUGGAGAAUGCCGUUUUAGAUGUAUUAUGGCGAUAUCGCGAAAGCGCCGCGAAUGCUAACUCACCACCGGCAAUGCGACAUACGGUCCUUCGUCGACCAUCUCCCGCUCCAUGGCAGAUUCCACGUGUUGGAACACCAGUAUCUUCAUCCCCACGUCUUGGAGUCAGCCCUCUCGCUCCCCAUGGGUUUAUGCCACAAUCCUUCUCUCGAACCAAGUCUAUCCAGGGUUCUCCUUUCACCUCACCGCGACCCUCCCCACGACUCGCGUUUUCCAGCCCUGCGAUCCCCCAUAGUCCAAACUUAAACGCAUACGAGUUUCCGACCGAUACUAGCCCUACGCAGGACAUAUAUGGAGACUAUGGAAGUGAAAAUGUAGACUGGCUUGUGAAUGAUGAUGCUGUUAGCAUUACAUCAUCGUCCGUCGGAGGAAGCGGACUUAACGCUGCUGCUGCUGAAUAUAUCUCGCCGCAACAAAAUGAUAUGAGCUCCCAUGAAAUGUUAAGGUCAAUUUUUGGUCCUUCUAAAUCGGUUGAAGAAAUCGAAGCUGCCCUUGCUUUACACGGAUACGAUUUGAGCGCUACCAUUGCUGCGUUUAUGGAUAGUCAAUCGGCUGAUGCUACAGUUCAAGCAGAAGGAGAUGGCACAAAAGCUAUCUUGAUUGGUAAGUCUAUGGCAGCAGACGUGCCUCGACCAAACACUCCAGCCGGUCAGCAACGAAGUGGUGUUGUCUGUCGAUUUUGGUUAUCGACCGGGCAAUGUCUACGUGCGGAUUGCAGAUUUAGUCAUGAUUUGAGUAACCACAUUUGCAAGUAUUGGGUCAUGGGCAAUUGCCUUGCGGGAGAUACUUGUAUCUUCAGCCACGAUCCCUCAUCAUUUAUGAGCAGACUCUCUCUCGAAGGGGGCAGCACACCCCCAACUCAAAAUGCGCAACCCAGUUUUCAAUUCCAGGAUUAUAAUGCUUUCCCAUCUCUACAACCAAUGCAAGAGCAGUGGCCAAAUUCUUAUUCAUCGGCGAAUGCCUUCAGCAACUAUCAGCAAGGUGGCUUUACUCCGCCACCUGGCUUCAAAAGUCUACAAGGCUAUAAUAGUGAUGGGAGUCAGCGGUCUCGACCAAGUAGUCGAGCGAGAGAUGGCCCCACAGCUCCAGCUCUGGAUGAUACAGAGGCCUUUCCAUCAUUGGGUGCUGUGGCUGCAAAGGGUAAAAAGCACCAUGGGAAGCGAGGAGGUCAUGGGCACAACCACAAAGAAAAUAGCAGCCCAAGCUCUCUUGCCGAUGUGGUAAAGCUGUCGCCUUCACCGGGCCCUGGUAUGAUGCAGGACAAGAAGAAAAUCGGUAGAAACGGCAGCUCUAAUAGUGUCCGCAAUGGCGAGAACAGCGCUGCUGCGCAAGCUAUUUCACCUCCUCAACAUAUUCCUUGGUUAGAAACCGGAGACAGAGCCAAUAAAGCAUAUCUUAAAGCCAGACAAGAUGCAAUUAAGCAUGGUGGUUUGAGGAACAAAUUCCUACAAAGUGCCGCCCAAGCUUGGAACCGUAAUGAUGCCCGUGCUGCAAAAGCACUUAGUCUUCGUGGUCAAAGUGAGAAUGAUCUCAUGAGAAAAGCACAUCGAGAGGCUGCUCGUGAGCUCUACGAAGAACGUAACAAGAGCAACUCCCCAAAUGCAGAGCUUUACGUUGAUUUGCAUGGUCUUCACCCCGAAGAAGCUGUCGAGUAUCUAGAACGUGUUCUACUAGAUAACAGCAGGGAAUCAAGACCAGUAUAUGCCAUUACAGGCACUGGUCACCAUAGCAAGAACGGCAAAGACAAGGUUGGUAAAGCCAUUCGUACAUUUUUGAACGAAUGGAGAUACGCAUACCGCGAGUUUUCAGUGCCCGGUGACAGAAAUAACGUAGGUGGCAUUUUGGGCAUUGAUGCUAGAUCUUAUGACAAGACACUAUCCAGAGAAAGCAAUGGAGCAGAUGGUGCAAAGGAAGAGAUUGAUAUUUUGAGUCAAGGCCAUGAGAUCGGUGGCGGGAAAAUCAAACUUCUAGUGCGAAACCAAGAUCGAAAUCAAGAUGUUCCAAAGGGGCCCAGUGGUAAGGGCCGAUGA